CGCACUCGGCUUAAUAGUCUUCCCGUCGAGUUCCAUCCGAUCCGACACUCCUCUUGACAACAUCAAGUCAUCAAGUCUGAUCUGUCCGACUACUUUGCUUAUAUAUGAGAGAAAGAGGGCUUCUCUUAACUAACUUCCUCAGAUUAUUCCUCUCUAAAUUCUAGAAAAUCCCUUUCACGGUCCCCAGUACGGAGAUAUUUUCUCUACCUAGAUUUUAACGUGAUGCCACCACAAUCCAUUUCUUUGACUCCCGUCUCCCCACGGCAUCCGCCCUCUUACACAACUCCUCCAUCUCACCACAUUAAUUCUCCCGCAUCUAGUUUCAAGAAUCCAUGGCCUUCCUUCCAACGCAAAAGCCCCCUCGAUGCUGCAAAGACGCGCUGGUUUUCCUCUUCGUCCAAGAACUUCGUGCCAGUCCCUUCGAACAUAUCCACCAUCAUCCCUAUCAACAAACCCGAUUUUGGAUCCGACCGGAAAGGACUCAAAGCGACAUGGAUCGGGCACGCAAGUUUCCUCGUUGAGACCAGCGACGGAAUCGUGAUCCUACUUGACCCUGUGUGGAGUCACAAAGUUGGGCCAUAUGGCGUUGUUGGUCCCGUACGCUUUUCUCGACCGCCUUGCUCCAUUGACGAGAUUCCCCAUGUCGACGCAGUGCUUAUAAGUCACGACCAUUACGACCAUCUCGAUUCAUGGACCUUGUCCGAAAUCCUCAAGAAGCAGAAAGGAGACUUGCAUUUCCUCUGUGCACUUGGAGUCAAAUCCGAACUCCUACAUCUUGGUGUAGGAAUCAAAGAGUCCCAGGUCACGCAACUGGACUGGUGGGACGGCAUCCGAUUAUCUAAAGAAAAUGGAGCCGGUGUGAACAGCGUUGAUUUGAUUUGUACACCUGCGCAGCAUUCCUCUGGUCGCGCACCGUGGAACUUCUCGGCUUCACUUUGGUGUAGUUGGGUCAUUAGGGAAUCAUCUUCAACAUCAUCUCCAUCGCCAUCGUCCUUGGAUACCAAUGAGUCUCCUACAUCAAAGUCUCUCUACUUUGCCGGGGACACAGGCUUUUGCUCCGUAGACUCGGACGAUCAAGUGUCCCAUCAUGCAGCUCCCCACCCGCCAUGCCCUGCCUUCGAGGAGAUUGGCACUCUUUACGGUCCAUUCGAUCUUGCUCUAUUACCCAUUGGUUGCUUCCAACCUCGAUCGUUCAUGUCUGGGGUGCACUCCUCACCACACGACUCCGUGGCCAUUCAUAAGGCAAUAAAGAGUAAGAGGAGUAUUGGGAUGCAUUAUGGGACGUUCCGGGGGAGCAUUAGUGCGCAUUAUGAACCUGUGACGGAGCCCGUGGAGAGGUGGCGACAAGCUGUUGAGAAGGAAGGUUUGGAGUGGGGUGUCGAUGCUGAUGUUUGUAGCAUUGGGGACACGGUCGUUGUGUAGAUGCAUAUGAUGAGCGCGCGUUUUCGUCUUGGACUAAUGGACGCACAACGGCAUCAAAGAGAGAAUACGGACUCGAAGGAAUCAGCUGGGACGAUGGGUCUCUUUAUACCGAGAUACCCAAAGAAUUGUAAACAAUCUCGCAUCGUGAGGGUGAAGGCAUGAUACCCCAUAUCAAAUUCACAGUUAUGUCAUGGUAGCUAGGUGUGGAUUGCAUGAAGCCAACAAUAUGCC